UGAGCCAAUGGGAGACUUUGUGGUUUUUCAGGACAGGUGCAGUUGAAGAAGCGGAAGACGCGCACCUCUAAAUCUGUUGGCCUCCCGACUCUAAAUCGUGUAACUAAUGUUUAAUAAUGUCACCCGUACGUGGAGGUGAACCUAAAGCCCGGCUGCGGUAGAGGAAAACACCUGAGGCCGAUGGCUGGGAUUAUUAAAGUGGUUUUCCUGUGGCUGCUACUCACCGGCUCAUCGAGUAGCCAGACUUCACCUACUGUCGCUUGUGUGGACGGGAGCAGGUUUAAGGAGCAGGUUCUGUUUGUGGGGCAACAGAGGCCGCCCUUUCACCUCAACUGCUCCUUGGAGGGUUUACAGGUCCAGAACUCCAGUCUGACCUGGCAGAAGAACUGUGAACCACUCCACAAUCAGGAGGGGAAUGCCUACCUGGAGUUCAGUUUCCUGACCCUUGAAGACCAGGGCAACUAUACGUGUACACAACAAAAAAACAGAGAUACAUUCACUGUGCGUCUCAUAGUUAAAGAGUCCCAGUGCUCCAAACCCCCAGACUUUAAACCAACGGCAGGUCUGACCACAGUGUGGGCCAGUUGGGAAUCAACAGUCCACCUGAACUGCACUGCUGUCCUUUCCUGGGACCCAAACCAGGAGCAGUGUGACAGCACGCUGCACUGGAGCAGAGAUGGUCAACCGUUAACCAACGUCUCGCUUCACAUGCAAAAUUCUUCCUCAUGGUCUCCAGUUCCUGGUCAGCUGGUGGUUAACAGUCUGCUGACAGUUACUAUCAAGGAGGAGGAGGAUUUUGGGCUGUACAGCUGCACAGUGAGGAAUGUGUCGUCCGACUUCAGCCUACAAAACUCGAACAGGCCGAGCCACACAGCUGCUGUCGUUGCAGCCACCGUUCUCCUCUUAUUACUGGGUAUAGCUGCUGUCGUGUACUCUAAGUGUCACCUCAACCUCAAGAUCUGGUACAAGAACUCCUUUGGAGAAAUUGAAAUGAACGAUGGGAAACUGUAUGACGCCUACGUCUCCUACGUGAACAAUGACCACGACAGGAAGUUUGUCAACUUUAUUCUCAAACCUCACCUGGAGAAUAAAAAUGGAUAUAAAUUGCAUCUGAAUGAGAAUGACAUCCUACCAGGUGGACAACCUUCUGCAGAGUUGCUGAUGAACGUAAGUCGCUCACGACGGCUCAUCGUUCUGCUCAGUCACGCUUACCUGGAGCAGGACUGGUGCUGCAGUAACUUCAGGCAGGGACUGCUGCACCUGCUGGAGUUAAACCAGCGGCCCAUCCUCAUCAUGUUAGAGGGUCAGACCAAACGCAUGAGGCCUGAGACCAAGCAGCAGCUGAGUGAGCACCAGCACUGUCUCACUGUCCUCACCUGGAGACACGACUCUGUGACUCCAUUUUCAGUCUUCUGGAAGGAGCUGUCUUUAGCCAUGCCACGGCGGGUCGUCUUCCGUUCUGAGUACGCAGGCGACCCACAGACGGUGCUGCAGGAUGACAAGGACCCCAUGCUGACUCUUGAACCAGACUACUUGAACUGCCACCCAGAUACAGACCCUGCAGGAGAUCUGGGUCUCCGUAUUCCCGUCUAUAAGACUCUGUCCCGUAAAGCUCCGGUCCUUCCUAACGCUCCGAUCACAGACACUGAGCCCAGACCCUCGGCGAUUGAUGUGUCAGACCUGGGUUCUCGCAACUACGCAGCACGCUCGGAUUUCUACUGCUUAGUCACUGAAGACAUCUGAGAUGUGUUUCUUUGCCUUUUUUUGUUUCAUUAUUGUGUUGUUAAACAAAAGAGUGUUCUGUUUUCCUCACACCAAAGAAAAUACGUUUUUUUUUGUUUUUUAUAUGUUGUGUAGUGUUUAAUUUUUUUUUACAAAUUGUCUUCUUAGCAAGCAGGAAAUUAGAGAGAUUAAUUUAAUCUCUAUAUAUAUAAAAAAAUCUUUCUCACUGUGUUCUUUUGUCCUCCAGCAGAGGGCAGAGUCCUGUCAGAUAACGGUGAGGAACCCUGCUUUCACAGAAGAGAUUCAUAAGGACAUAUUCACAUAUAACAUGUACUUGACUUUCAUAUUUAAACUUCCAACAGUACUGCUCAUAUUCCAGUUUUUUAUGUAUCGAAAACUCAGAUUUACUUUUGACGCUGCAGUUUGGGACUGAAUCCGACCUCGAAAACAAAGCAAAUUGACAAAAUCAGCAGUCUUUCCUACCGCUAAUCCUGCUGAUAAUCUGUAAUGAUUAUUUUUACUGAAGCAUAAAGCCAAAUAAGGGCGCAGCUGAGCUCAUCCAGUAUUGUUCCUGUGUGAGAACGAUCAAAUAUGUAAACAAGAUGGAUGUGUACAAGGGGUGGGGCCGACAUUUCAGCAUCUGAACUUAACAUUUAACAAACAAAAAAAUACUGCAGUAGAUACUGCACAUAGACAGGAGAAAUCCCCAGAAGAAUACAUUCUCUCUUUAUUAGCUCAAAAAUAUCCAGAUAAUACAAGUACUUUAUACAACACAGGCAAAUAUAAAAGACGGUGUUUCUCCAAAUCACCAACAUAACUGCAGUGUAAUAUCCAAGUAUAUUUUUUUUUAAUUAAAAGGACAAAUACAUAAAGGUUCAAUUUUCCAACUGAACAAUGCUGAGUGCUGCAGAGGCUUUCAAAUUCAAAACAACUUAGUGUUUGCUUUGACAACACAUUCUUCCUCACACCCGGUUAACACACACUAAUACAUCAGAUAAACAGCAUGUACGAAGGUGAAUUGGAGAAGAAGAAAAAAAAACAGUAGUAGUUGUGGUUUGUCUGUCUCUUUGACAAAAGAAUUGCUAAAUUUGCAGGAUCAAACGGACGAGAGGUUAAAAAAGCUCUAUGGUAAAUACAGUAGUGAAUUCUAGAGGCAUAAAAUCUUUAUCCCAUGGUCUAUAAUGAUGCAUAACA